GCUUCGGAUAGGUUUUUUGACUUAACCACAAGCUAAAAGCUCUCUCACUCCCUCACCCACCCACCCACUCUCACCUCUCUCCCUCUGAUUCUCUCUCUCAUCUGAACUGAACUGAGAAAAUGACGUCUCGGAUUUGCAGGUCCGCUUCCAGAGCUACGAGGUCCUUCCUCUCUGCUCCCAAGGCCUCCUCCCGCUCCUACUCCGCAGGGCGAACUGUAGCUACCGCAGCAGCAGUAGCAUUGGGUUCGAAGGCUCCUUUCUUUGCUUCAAGUUUUGGAAGAGCUGGUUCUGACAAUGCAUCUAAAGGAUGGAUUUCCGGAGCCCUUGCCGUUCCUGCAGCAGCUUACAUGCUCGUCGACCAGGAGGUUCAUGCUGCAGAGUUGGAACGCACAUUCAUUGCUAUCAAGCCAGACGGAGUUCAAAGAGGACUGAUUGCAGAAAUCAUAUCUCGAUUUGAGCGGAAAGGUUUUAAACUUGUAGGCAUUAAAGUGGUUGUUCCUACAAAGGAUUUUGCGCAGAAGCAUUAUCAUGAUCUGAAGGAGAGGCCAUUCUUUAGCGGCCUCUGCGACUUCCUUAGUUCCGGCCCUGUUAUUGCAAUGGUCUGGGAAGGAGAGGGUGUGAUCAAGUACGGUAGAAAACUUAUUGGAGCUACAGACCCCCAAAAAUCAGAACCCGGAACUAUCAGAGGCGAUCUAGCCGUUGUUGUCGGAAGAAACAUCAUCCACGGCAGCGAUGGUCCGGAGACUGCCAAGGACGAAAUCAACUUGUGGUUUAAACCAAAUGAGUUGGUUAGUUACACCAGCAACCAAGAGAAGUGGAUCUACGGAGAAAACUAAUCAAAGUUUUUGUUUUCCUUCAUGUUCCGGCAAUGUAGGUCUCCCCAUGAAGUGUGGGGCGAAAGUAGAGAUUAUUGUUAGAAUAAAACGAAUUUCAAUUUGAGGUGAGUGAAAUCAUUCGCCGCUGUUUAGUACUCUAUUCAAUAAAAUUCUUAGCUGAUUUCUAAUAAUAAGCAUGAUAUUUACAACA